AUGAGUGAUCUAUUUUCGGUUUAUCAAAAUUUGGGUGACUACCUCUUUUUGAGAAGCUGGUUCCCUUUCUUCAAGCUCAAGAAACUAUUACCUCUUGAAUUCUUCAAGACAUCAGACGUUGAGUACUGUAGGUGGCAGAGAACACAUUGUGGUAUCUUGGAGAUUGUUGUAAGGCGCCUGAAUUUAAGUGAUCGAAUACGCUUAGGCUUAUCAUGCAAGUCUUGGGCGUCAGUUUGUAUGCCGGGAGACGUCCGUGGUGCUCAAGAGCUCCCCUGGUUAUUACUCCCUCGAAUCUGUGACGACAGCAUGAGGUUUCUCAGCCCUUUCGAUGGCGGCAAAUUUCACAAGUUGAGGGUGCCAGAGCCAAUACAAAGAGGGAGGUUAUUUGGUUCUAGUAAAGGGUGGUUAUUUAUGGUCAGAGAAAAGCAAAAAGAUAUGUUUCUAUUCAACCCUAUUUCGGGAGCCCAACGCCAACUUCCAUCCUUGACAACAAUUCCAUCUUUCCAAAAUUUUGUAGAAACAAAAGCAUGGAAACUUCAUGGUGCCUCCAUUUUCUGCGUUCAUACUGUGUUAUCUACCUCAGAUGUCGAUCAUCCAGGAUGCAUGGUGGCGGCAAUUUUUGGUUCGCAUGUAUUGGGUUUAUGUAGACCUGGGGACAAAACAUGGAGUGUCUUUGAGGUAUUAGAUGAAAAUGAGGGUCAUGACCAGUUAUUGUUUUCCAGUACAGGAAAGCUAUACUCUCUGGUGACUAGUGAAACUAAGAAUGAGCUUAUUGUAGCUCACAGCUUACAAUUUGGAGAUGAUCAUGCAGUGGAACUGAUGUUGAUAUAUGAUAAUAUCGAACCGAUUGAACCAGACAUUUAUCAUCACGAGUGCUACACAGUGACGUACAAUGGCGCAUGGAAGUCCUUCUUAUUGGAAUCAACCAACAAUGAAGUCCUGUUAAUCCAUAAAUGGCAUCAUAUUUUUCAAGCUCCAAGAAACGCGGACAAUGAGGAUGGUUAUGAUCAGGUGGAACACAACUUUGAUGAUAAUUAUCAAGAUGACCAGGAUGAUGAGGUGGAAGAAGAGGAGAAUGGCAAAUAUUUCAGCGACAAAGAAUUUGACAUUGAUACUGAAGAGGAGAAUGUCAUAUAUUCCAGCGACAAUGAAUCUGACAUUGAUAGCGAAGACGAGAAUACCAUAUAUUCGAGCGACAAUGAAUCUGACAUUGAUAGUGAAGACAAAAAUGCCAUAUAUUCCAGCGACAAUGAAUCUGACAUUGAUGACGAAGAUGAGAAUCUCAGAUAUUAUAGGGCAAGUUGCUUUCGAGUAUUCAAAAUUGACGCUGAGAGUAGCAAAUUUAUUGUUGUACAAAGUUUGGAGGGCCAAGUAUUAUUUUUGACUGACUGUUCUUCCUUCUCUCUUCGGGCGAGUGAUUUUAGAGAGUUAAACAGCAAUUGCAUUUACUUUGCUGAUAAUUCAACCCAUUCAGUAGUUCCAAAAUUAUUUACAUAUCCUGAAAUCGGCGUCUUUUCUUUAGAUAAUGGAAGAUUUGAGAGAUACUUUAUCAAUAUUCCAACAGGGCCUCGGACCAUCAGUUGGAUUGUUCCAAGUCUAUGA